AGGCCGGAGGCCUAACAUGGCGCGCAGCGGGGAAGCUGGCGGCGGAGGCGAGGACCGGCGGGGCGCGAAGCGGAAAGCUCCGGCCGAGUCCCCUGGGGAGGCUCCCGAGGAUGGGGCGACGGAGAGCGGGGCCCCAGAGCAGCCCCAGCCGCGGCCUGCGGCCUUCCCGCCGGGCUUCAGCAUUUCGGAGAUCAAGAACAAGCAGCGGCGCCACUUCAUGUUCGUGCGCUGGAAGCAGCAGCAGCGAAAGGAAAAAUUGGCAGCUAAGAAAAAGCUUAAAAAAGAGAGAGAGGCACUUGGAGAUAAGGCACCACCAAAACCAGUGCCCAAGACCAUUGAAAACCAGAGAGUUUAUGAUGAGACGAUAGUCGACCCUAAUGAUGAAGAGGUUGCCUAUGAUGAAGCUACAGAUGAAUUUGCUUCUCAUUUCAACCGACAGACUUCUCCCAAGAUUCUUAUUACCACAUCAGAUAGACCUCGUGGGAGAACAGUGAGGUUCUGCGAACAACUGUCUACUGUUAUACCAAACUCACAUGUUUAUUACCGAAGAGGACUAGCUCUGAAAAGAAUUAUCCCCCAGUGUAUCUCCCGAGAUUUCACAGAUCUGAUUGUUAUCAAUGAAGAUCGUAAAAUACCGAAUGGACUUGUUUUAAGUCAUUUGCCUCAUGGUCCAACUGCUCAUUUUAGAAUGAGCAGUGUUCGCCUCCGUAAAGAGAUAAAGAGGAAAGGGAAAGAACCCACCCAACAUUCACCUGAAGUAAUUCUGAAUAAUUUUACAACAAGACUGGGUCAUUCCAUUGGACGUAUGUUUGCUUCUCUCUUCCCCCAUGAUCCUCAGUUUAUUGGAAGGCAAGUUGCAACAUUUCAUAAUCAGCGGGAUUACAUCUUUUUCAGAUUUCACAGGUACCUUUUUAAGAGCGAAAAGAAAGUGGGAAUUCAAGAACUUGGACCACGUUUUACCCUAAAAUUGAGAUCUCUUCAGAAAGGAACCUUUGAUUCUAAAUAUGGAGAAUAUGAAUGGGUUCAUAAGCCCCGUGAAAUGGACACAAGUAGAAGGAAAUUUCAUUUAUGAAGUACUUAGGAAAGCAGGAUUGGACAUCACCUGUUUUGAACUGUUAUUUUUUACUGAAGAGACCUCAUCUGAAGACACACUCACUUUUCAGCCAUAUAUUUGUCAAUGAAAGUCCUUUCAUUGAUUAUCCUUUGAAUGUAUCAGCUCUUUGUAGUAAUAAAUGAAUGUUGGAGUAUGUUCUUUAAUAUAUCCAUUUUUUCUAACUUUCACCUUGUACUGAGCUGGGAAUAAUGUAUAACUUUUCUUUUUUUAAAGUCAGCUUGUUGCCUGGUAGAAGAAAACAGAAUGAAUAGCUGAAAGCGAAUUAGACUAGGAGUCCAGAGAGCCAGAUUCUAGUACCUGUCUGGUCACACACCAAGUCAUUGAAAGGAUCUCUUUCUGUCUAUCGAUCAGAUAGAUGAUAAUCUUGCAAAUAGCAUAUUCUAUGAUGUUGGUGUGAUAGGGACUAGAAGAGAAAUAAUUCAGUAGAGCUUUGCACCACUACAGAAAUAACUCAAAGGAUAUCCUGUAUGGACUGGAUCAAGUUUAUGUACAUUGAACUAAAUAUACUACAUUUGAUUUCAGGUUUACCCUAUGAUUCUUUUUUUCCCCUUAUUUAAUAUAUUUUAUUUUUACCCUAUGAGUCUUUGAAACCCAUUAUUAACCCUUAAAGAACUACAAAAAUGUGAUUUUCAUCUGAAUACUUUAUUGUAUUCUUACCAGUGUACAAAACAGAAAUCAAUGACAAUUCGGAGAGGUAGAUGAGAAAGUCUGACACAAGUUGAAAUUUGGAUGAUUAACGUGGCACAUUAUUACACACAUAUAGAUUAAACUUUUGUGCAGGCUUUAGAAUUCUCUCUCCUUUGAAUGGUCACAAUUCACAUCACAACAUCACGUCACGUCACAGAUGCACAUAUGAAGACUGGAUUCAGAGAUCUGAAAGAAAAACAAAUUUACACAGGAGAACAGUUACUCUUAAAGAAUACAUUCACAUGUCAUAACCAUAUAAAAAACAAGCAAUCCUAGAACACACCCAAAAUGUGGGAUAGAGGAUUUGUACUGAGUCAGAAGACAUGGAUUCUAAUGCCUGCUGUAUCUUUUGCUGUCCUGUGGACUUUUAACAAGUCAUAACCAGAGCCUCAUAUGUAUGAUAAAGGGCAAGUGCCUCUAAGAGUUAUGCCAAAUAACUUGUUUGUAUACCCAUUAUUCAUUUCAUUUGUGAAAGGAGCUGGAUUUGAAACACAAUGUUAAAUGUAGAACAUGCUACUCUGUAACUUGUAAUGGCAAGAACCCUUUGUAUUAAAAAUACUUUAUACUGGUGCCGCA